ACCGGAUUAUGCGUGAUCCCACCAUUGAUCGGUGUUCGUUGUGUUCUAUUAUUGUUGAAUAUUUUGGUUUACCGUUGGGUUUCCGAUAAAAAAACGUACAAAUUUUGGGAUAGCAAAGUUGAUCGGUUGAGUGAUACGCGUCCCUGUUCAAACGAAGCGGCAGAGAAUUUAGUCAAAACUGUCAAGAGUGCAAUUGCAUCUGCCAAUCCUAAAACUCUACAUGAGUUGGAAACGUUGGUGGAUAACUUCCUACUCCAAUACCGGAACGCAACACAUACAACCACCAAGGAGAACCAGGCAAUGCUUUUUAAAUCCAGACGCUUGCGAUCCUCCCUACAGUGCCUCGACUCGAGUGACGUCGUAUACUUCCGUGGUAAUGGUUUGCGACCCGCGUCUGGUAUAGUCACACGACAACUGGGUCAAGCCAUGGUGGAAAUUAUCGACUUCAAUGAUGCUACUGUGCACAAGCGACACGUAGACCAAAUCCACUUCAAACCAUCCAAGGACCAGUGGCAUCAAAAGCUAAGCGAGGGAGACAAUCAGCUGCAUACCCCAUCAGCACAACCAACGGAGCCGCAUCAGUCAUAUGUGCAGAAACAACCAAUCAAAACACAAGGACACCGCCAGGACCAGGUGGAGCCAGCGAUUGCAGUCCACAGUUCUAGCCGUCAGGCAAGCCAGAUUGACGAGGCACUGUUGAGGGAAGAGAGUUGUGAUAAUCCAGACUUCCGUGACCGCAAUCCAUGCACGGCUAGGAAUGAGUCGGAAUUGGACUGUGAGAAAACAGUCAUCGACAAGAUGGCUUAG